GGAAAGGGAACAACAUCGCCCCCAACACCGAGAGAGAUAGGGGGAUCUGCCGCACGAGCAUCCUGCAGGGAUCACCGCUCUGGGCUGGACAGAUGGUCAAGGCAAGUCUCCAGAGCACGUACGUUCGUGACCUCAUAUGGUGAGGUUGGUGGAUGGGAGCAUGGUUGUUUCUCACCGAAGUUUCCCUCCGCCAAGGAAAGCCCCCUGCCGCGGGCCGGCGUUGCUGCUUCACCACUGUCGCCCACUUAACACACCCACGCGACCUAGCACGGACAGAUGGGCCCAGGUCACCAGCGCCUCAUCUGAUCCGCGCGCGGAGCUGCGUUCACCGGUGUGACGCUGGCGCGUGGGGCCAUCUCGUCGGUUCCAUCUCCUACCCUAUAUUGAACUCGUCCUGUCUAUUACGAAGGAGCCGGAGCGAACAUCGCACCAAGAUACAGUCUGAUACCUGUGAUGCUUGCCUAGGAUCCCUCACGGGGUAUAAAACUAAGCCAUUCUCACGCCCGACCCUCCCUCAAACCUAAACGUCGAGACUGCGUCGUCGGUGAUGGGUGCGAGCGAGAGAGAUUGGCGCCGCUUGGCGCCGAAGGGCUGGGUGACCCGCUGUCCGCCGCCGAUCUCUGCCCGUGCGCCCGCUGCCCGGGGGACUUCAUCAUGGGGUCAGGAAGAGUCACCAGAGCCAGUGGUACAUGCACGUGGGGUGUUGUAUGUGCGACAUCGACCGGCAACAGAGGAAUUGCUCGUUGUCGCUUGAUGUUGCCGUAAAUCCGCCUCACAACGUGGAACUUCUCCUGGUAAGCCGGUCUGGGCGUGUGGGCUAGUCAGGGGGCUUCACGGACUCUCAUUGUUGGAGUUCAGGGUCGUAUGGGUCGCGAUGGUGCUCUGUGGCCCCACCAAUUGCUCGCCGAUGCCGAGCAGGCGCCACCGGACCGCCGUGUGCAUGGAUAGCUCACCACUCCAUCUUUGCCUCAGGUAAAUAACAAUCCAAUGCUUUACCCAUGUCUGGAGCAUCGUGUAGAACCAUUCUGGGUUGUGGAUUGAGCACCAGGGCGCCGAGUAGGACGUCUGUGGCGAAAACCCCAUCGUGGGGGCCUACGCGCCGCCAUCCUGCAAUGGUGAGGGAGAAGAAAGCUUUCUAGCCGUUGAUUCCUUGAUGUGCGGCUAGGAUCAUAUCGCUCGCAUAUCCUUUCGUGUAUUCUACGAUAUCCGUUAAGAUCUGAUCAGAUGGUUGAGAGGGGUUGUUUGUAUGGAGCAUUGCAGGCCGUGCAUCUUAGAUCGUACUAUCCACGUCGCUUACCGAUUCAUAAAAUAUCCCGAUCUAAUCUGAACCCUUGAAUCGCGAUCGCACGGUCUGGUUGAUCGAUACCCUUUCGGUCGUAUCCUUUUUGCAUAAGAGCCCCUGAGAUUUCUGAGAAUCAACCCGCCGUCCUGAUGCAGUGGUAGAAAAUUUAAUCUAUGCCCCUAAAACUUGUAGUUUGGCCCCUGAUCUCUUAAAGAAUGGCACCCUCAGUCUAGGACUU